CCCUCAGAGAGAAGCAGCUGGAGGAGGAAACAACUGGGAUUAGUCACCAACGAAGAAGAAAAACAUAAUAUCUGUGAAUAUUUCUGUCCGAUCUUUGUGAGUUUGUCCGUCAACAGAACUUCAUCACGUCUCUCAUGAUUUAACGAUAGUUUUGAAGCUGAAGAAAUAUUUCCUGCUGUGUUCACAUGUUUUAGGCUGUUAAAAGUAUUUUAGUGAUGGAGAGCGUCCGAGCCGUCGUCUACCUGUCCGUCUGUCUGUCCGUGCUGACGUCCAUCUGUCAGGGUCAGAGGUCGACCGACAGCCGCCUGCCGUCCGGACCGGACGAGUCCGUCAUGGGACUCACAACCAAAGACCUGGCGGAGGCUCUGCAGGGGUUCCUGGACGAGGCCGACAGCAGCGUCGGUCUCUCUGUGGAGAAGAAGGCCAGCGUCAUCCCGCGGUGUGACGUGGGCGAGCGCUGUGCCAUGAAACAUGGACCUAGAAUCGGUCGACUGUGCGACUGUCUGAGAGGAACAGCCUGCAACACCUUCUUCCUGCGCUGCUACUGAACACACACACUCACACACACACACACACACACACACACACACACACACACACACACACCUGGCUGUCUCUCUGCAUGUUUCUGUCUUUGUUUUCAGGUUUCAGUGUGUUUCAUUCUCAGCGUCUCUCAGAUUCAUUUAUUUUUGUUAAAUAAAGAUUGUUCAUAAAGCUGCUUGGCUCCGAUGACCUCAUGAUUCACUCGUGACUGUAUCGGACUGAUGAUUGGUUCACUUUGGGUCUCACUGUUUCACUAAACGUCUUGUCUUCAGACAGAUAAUUUACCUUGUGGUUGUUUACACACGCGUCUGAAUACACAAAAAAAACCUUCUGAACAGAAUUCCACUAAACUCUGACAAACGAUCAGUCGGUCUAGAACAGAUGGAUCCAGGAAUUCAUAUAUUAAAGGAUGUUUCCACCUUUUCAUUUACUUCUCAG